AUGGCUUCGCCCUUCGCGGACGCGAUCAGCGACAUGGACAGGCGCCUGCCGGACGCGUGGAAGGGCAAGAUGAUCCGGUACGGCUCGCUGGAGAGCAGCCUGGAGAAGUGCGCGAUCACGCGGCGGCCGACGGUGGAGCAGGAGUUUUUCUCAAAGUUCUGGGCCGAGGUGGAGAAGGUGAACGAGCAGUUCAAGGCGGCGGGGCAGGAGGUGGUGCAGGCGCACCGCCGGCGCUCCAACUGGCUCACCGCCGUGUGGGGCACCAACAAGAUGCGGCUGCCGGACGGCAAGGUGGUGGUGGGCAGCGAGGAGAACAUCCGGCUGCACUCCAGUGUGUGCCUGGAGUACGCACGGCGCAACGCCGAGGGGAUCAAGCGGAUCGCGGAGGCCCACGACGAGGCCUGCGGCAAUGACGCGGGAAAGAUCGUCUAUGACUCCAUGUGGCGGGACCAGAGCGGGCUGGCGACCUUCCUGCACUCGCCCCUGCUGCUGGAGCUGGAGGCCGUGAAGAUGGCCAGCGUGGACGGGGCGGAGGAGGGCGGCGCCCCUUCGGGCGCCGCCGAGCCCGGCGAUCCCGACGGCGGCGAUCCGCAGGACGGGGAGGGGGAGGGCGGCGACGACGGAGAGGCCCCCAAUCACAGGCGCACCCUUUCGGAGCCGACCAGGUCGAUGCAGCUCAUGUCGGACGUGGAGGAGAGUCAGAAGUGCCCCAUCUGCCUGGACCUGCUGUACAAGCCAGUGGGCCUGGGCUGCGGCCACAAGUUCUGCCAGACGUGCCUGUUCAAGGCGGUGAUCCCGGGGGUAGCCUUCGGCAGCCUGGCGGGCCUGCUGAACAUCGUGCCGUCCUGGGCGCAGUGCCCGCAGUGCCGGCAGACGGGCGUGUUCGAGGGCGCGGCGUACCUGCACGCGCUGGCGGGAUACCUGCGGCGGAAGUUCCCGCAGUACUGGCGGGAACGGCGGCAAGAGGAGAAGCGGGAGGACCGCAACGCACGGGCGUUGAUCCUCAAGCAGCUGGAGGCCAAGUACGGGGGGCUGGGGAUUUCGUACCCGCAGCUCAUCCUCUAUGGGUGA